AUGGCUAAAGAAGACCAAAAAGAGCUUCCAAAUAACACACGGCUUCCCGAGUUAGGGUCAAUUAUCGAUAUCGGCGGCACUCGCUCCAUGCCUGCUAUAACUAAAGAGCUACUCCUGCACGAACCUGCGGGCAGGCGUAUCCUGUCUGUCGUGACUCUAUCAGACUACCCCGGACUUCAGCUCUGGUCCAAAUUAACACAUACUCCAACGUACUACCAGACGUCGGAUGAAAUACUUUUGUUGCAAAAGUAUGCGGUGGAGAUAAGUAGUUCCAUUGUGCCGGGGUCGGUGAUUGUGGAUAUUGGGAGUGGUGGACUACGAAAAGUCAUGCCGUUACUAGACGAGGUAGAAGCUCGACAGAUGACAGUAUUCUACUUUGCCCUAGACCUUUGCAGAGAAUGGUUGGAAGACGAUCUGAAAGCCCUGACAUCGAGGUAUACCCAUGUGCAAUGCUUCGCUCUCUGGGGCAGUUUCACAGAUGGAUUGGAAUGGAUCAAACAAUUCAAUGGUCCCAAAGUCUUCCUCUCCUUGGGAUCAACUUUGUGCAACAACAUAAUCCCUGUUGCUUCCAAGGGCUUAAAACUCUGGGCUGAUGCUAUGGUCCCGGGGGAUGUUAUGCUACUUGGGUAUGAUUGCAAUCUUGAUGAGGAAAAAGUGAGGGAGUCUUAUAUUGCCCCCGAAGGGAAGUUUGAUGAUUUCAUCCGACAUGGGAUGGAGCAUUCGAACUCAUUGCUUGAGAGGGAUUGGUAUAGACCUGAAGAUUGGGAGUUGUUCCGAGAAGCGGAGUUUCAGAAUGAGCCACAGGCCUUGGUGCAUCGGUUUGUUUUUAGGGCUCAAAGAGAUGUGAAGGAUGAAGUAUUGGGAGUGGAUUUUAAGCAAGGUGAUAGGAUUAUUUGCUAUGAAUCGUUCAAGUAUCCUCCCAGUGUUCUGCAACAACAGUUUAGCUUGGCUGGACUUCAGGAGAAGGCAUCUUGGAAGUCGCCAGUCUCUGAUAUUUAUGAAUUUCUUUUGGUGAAGGACUAG